GUCCGCUGAUUCAAACAGGAACAAAAACCAAACCAAUCGUGGUAGCACAGGAUAAAACCUCUCCACAUUCAACCAGGCGAGAUCGGGCAGAAUCGCCAUGGACACGUGGCGCGUCUUCCUCGGCGGGAUCCUCUUCUUCGCCCUCCCGCUUAUCCUCCUCCCCCUCCUCCGCGGCGGCAAGAGCGGCCGGCGGCGGGUCCCGCCGGGCCCGCCGUCGGUGCCGGUGCUGGGCAGCCUGGUGUGGCUGACCAACUCGCCGGCGGAAGUGGAGCCCCUCCUCCGCCGCCUCUUCGCGCGGUACGGACCCGUCGUGUCCCUCCGCGUUGGCUCCCGCCUCGCCAUCUUCGUCUCCGACCGCCGCCUCGCCCACGCGGCGCUCGUGGAGAGCGGCGCCGUGCUCGCCGACCGCCCCGCCCUCGCCUCCGUCCGGCUCCUCGGCGAGAACGACAAUACCAUCGUCCGCGCCAGCUACGGGCCCGUCUGGCGCCUCCUCCGCCGCAACCUCGUCUCCGAGACGCUCCACCCUUCCCGCGUCCGCCUCUUCUCCCCCGCCCGCGCCUGGGUCCGCCGCGUGCUCGCCGACAAGCUGCGCGAGGCGGCGGCGCCCGUCGUGGAGACCUUCCAGUACGCCAUGUUCUGCCUGCUCGUCCUCAUGUGCUUCGGCGAGCGGCUCGACGAGGCGGCCGUGCGCGCGAUCGCCGCCGCGCAGCGCGACCAGCUCAUCUACAUGUCCAGGAAGAUGCCCAUCUUCGGCUUCUUACCGUCCAUCACCAAGCUCAUCUUCCGCGACCGCAUCAGGACCGCGGAGGCCAUGCGGCAGCGCCAGAAGGAGCUGUUCGUGCCCCUGAUCAACGCGCGGCGGGAGUACAGGAACCGCCGCGCCGCCGAGGCCGAGGGCGAGCCCAGGACGGUGACGACGUUCGAGCACUCGUACGUGGACGCCCUGCUCGACAUCAAGCUCCCCGACGAGGGAGACCGCGCGCUCACCGACGGCGAGAUGGUCAACCUCUGCUCCGAGUUCCUCAACGCCGGCACCGACACCACCUCCACCGGGCUGCAGUGGAUCAUGGCCGAGCUGGUCAAGAACCCGUCGAUCCAGCAGAAGCUUUACGAGGAGAUCAGGGCCACGACGGGGGACGACAAGGAAGAGGUCUCCGAGGAGGAUGUACACAAGAUGCCGUACCUGAAGGCGGUGGUCCUGGAGGGCCUCCGCAAGCACCCGCCGGGGCACUUCGUGCUGCCGCACAGGGCGGCGGAGGACAUGGAGGUCGGGGAGUACCUGAUCCCCAAGGGCGCGACGGUGAACUUCAUGAUCGCCGAGAUGGGCAGAGACGAGCAGGAGUGGGAGAAGCCGAUGGAGUUCUCGCCGGAGCGGUUCUUGCCCGGCGGCGCCGGCGAAGGGGUGGACGUGACCGGCAACCGAGAGAUCAGGAUGAUGCCGUUCGGCGUUGGGAGGAGGAUCUGCGCGGGGCUCAGCAUCGCCAUGCUCCACCUGGAGUACUUCGUCGCCAACAUGGUGAGGGAGUUCGAGUGGCACGAAGUCGCCGGCCAUGAGGUCGAUUUCACCGAGAAGACCGAGUUCACCGUUGUCAUGAAGAAUCCCCUGCGCCCGCGCCUUGUGCCCCGAAGGACUUAGGUAUUAGAAUCCAUCAAACCUGUAGUCAUAUUGCUUCGAUCGACUGCUCUCGCUUAGUUCCAUUCGUGUUCAAUGAAUAAUCCUUUUAAAAACUGUAAUUCUUGUCGAAUUACUAGUGCUAUUCGUGCUCAGAUUGGGGGAUUGGUUAAGAGUACAGAAUCCAUCAAGCCCGUAGUCACGUUGCUUCGAUCGACUGCUCGCGCUUUUCAUUUGUGCUCAGAUGGUAAUGAAUAAUUCUUCGCGAAUUACAAGCGUUAUUCGUGUUCAGAUUGGGGGAUUGUGUUGUGCGAACUUUGAAACCGCCUUCUGCCACUAUGUGUAUAACUGUUUUUGUUUCCUUGAUAAAAAUGAGAGCUUGAUUCUU